AACCUGCUCAGGAAGAGGCUGCGCAGGACGACGUUUCUCGGUUAUUUUCGGUAAUUUCUCACGCAUUUGGCGCUAAUGUGCGUUGCGUUCCGGUGGUUUGCGGUCAGUUUGAGCUUUUUCCGCCUUCCAGCCCGGCGCGGUCACUGCUGAGGACGUUAAUGAAGCUGCUGUGAAACCGGAAUGAUGGCUGGGCGUGUUUACACCUGCUGACCGGCCGGAUGUUUGUGAGCGACCGCAGCAGCUUCACAGUGAUUCUGAAAACCUCCUUUCUUCUGUCCAGAAGCCACCUGUCCAUCAUCCCGCUCCGCCACGCCCAGUUCUGUCACUUGUCAGAUCAGCGGCCACUCGAUGCCUAACACCUCAGAGGGUCAGGGAACAAACCUGCCUGGGUCCCCGGAGUCAUCAGGGCUGCAACGGACCGCAGAUGGGGAGGAGGAGCACGGUCUGAUCCGGUCCCUGGCCCGGGAUGCUGCAAGGGUGAGGCGGGCUUCGAGUGCUGAGCUCCACCUGCCGUGGACUUGCCCAGUCACGCACUCCCGUGAGAAGUUCUACACGGUCUGCUCCGAUUAUGCCCUCCUCAACCAGGCCGCCUCCGUGUACUGCCCCCCAAACACAGGCAGAGACAUGCUCUUGAAGAAGCAGGAUGACGGAUCCCCGCGUGUGAAGCCCAAACCCUCCCACGACCUCGCCGCCGGUCACACUGGAGAUUCCCAUGUGGGGGCAGGUGAGGACUGUGACAUGGAGGACAUGUCCAAGCCGAUUCUGGCCUGGGAGAUUGACACGGCGGACUUCAACGCUGCGUAUACCAGGAAAAUAAGAACAAGCAAUGGGAAGAAAUGCAGCACCAAGAAGAUGAAGUCAUCAGACAGACCCAGCAGGAACCUGCAAGAUGUCCCUCCUCACGCCUCACUGGAAGAGAUCAAACAGAGGAAAGUGCUCGACCUCAGAAGAUGGUACUGCAUCAGUCGGCCUCAGUACAAGACGUCUUGUGGGAUCUCCUCGUUGGUUUCCUGCUGGAACUUCCUGUACAGCACGCUGGGUGCAGGGAGUCUGCCACCCAUCUCCCAGGAGGAGGCUCUGCAUAUUCUGGGGUUUCAACCGCCGUUUGAAGAAAUCAAGUUUGGUCCCUUCACCGGCAACGCUACGCUGAUGCGGUGGUUCAGACAAAUCAACGACAACUUCAGAGUGCGAGGUUGCUCCUAUAUUCUGUACAAACCGCACGGAAAGCACAAGACGGCAGGAGAAACAGCUGAAGGAGCGCUGAUGAAACUGACACAAGGCCUGAAGGACGAGUCCAUGGCCUACAUUUACCACUGUCAGAACCACUACUUUUGCCCAGUGGGCUUUGAAGCCACGCCCCUCAAAGCAGCAAAGGCGUACAGGGGCGCGCUUCCCACAAAUGAAAUGGAGUACUGGAUCUUGAUCGGUGAACCUAGCAGGAAGCAUCCGGCUAUUCACUGUAAAAAGUGGCUGGAUAUUGUGACUGACCUCAACACGCAAAAUCCAGAAUACCUGGACAUCCGCCACACAGAGAGGGGGAUUCAGCGUCGCAAAACCAAAAAGGUGGGUGGAAACCUGCACUGCAUCAUGGCCUUCCAGAGGGUCAACUGGCAGAAGCUCGGCCCCUGGGCGCUAAAUUUGGAGAACUUGCGGCACGACUUCCACCACUCUGGCACGGAACGGGCCCACGGCAGCGACGACGCCGACGACAGGAUGUCAGCCAAGCGGCUGGCCCAGCUGGGCCGCUCACACAGUAUGGGAAGCCAGAAAGACACCAGCUGGAAACGCCUGUCCAACAGCACGGAGUACAGACAGCGCAGCUCGCCCGACAGCGACCUCGAAGAAGAUGUCACAGACUGAAGAGGUUCAUGGGGGUGUGCAGGGGGAGGACUGCAUAACGUUACGGUACAGACGAGAUCUAUGUUAAAGGAUAAGUCUGGGAUUUUCUGCAGUUUGCUGUCAAUAAAUGACAAGAAAACACCAACAUGCACAGUUAGUGAAGCCUUAGGGUUCUUUAAUCUUCAAAAAGGAGGUCACACACAUAGUUUCACUUUUAUAAAUGGUCUCCUAAAAUGGCUUGGUGUGGUAUUCCAGAUGUCCUUUUCCCCCACAAAUCUCCUCCUGAUAAUCCCGAGGUGAUCCCAGGCCAAAUGAGAUAAUAAUCUCUCCAAGUCUACUGGGAGGUCUCCUCCCAGUUGGGUGUGCCUGGAAAACCUGCGGAGGGAGGCAGCCAGGAAGCAUCCUGAGCAGAACCUCCUCAGCUGGCUCCUUUAGACACAGAGGAGCAGUAACUGUCCUCCAAACAUCCGAGCUCCUCACCCCAGCUCUAAGGCUGGGCCCAGACACGCUGCAGAGGAAGCUCAUUCUGCUGUUUGUAUGUGCGGUCUCAUUCUUUUGGUCAUUGCUCAGAGCUUGUGACCAUAUGCAAGGAUUGGAAUAAAGAUAGUAAAUCAAACGCUUUGCCUUCUGGUUCAGCUCUCUCUUCUCAGCAUAGCACCCUAUUACUGCUGACACCACACUGAUCCACCAGUCCACCUCACACCCCACCUUCCCAGGAAGAGGAAUCCUCUUCCAGCAGAGAACCAUGGCCUCAGGCUUGGAGGUGCUCCAUCAUCUGCUGAAGGUCUCACCAGCAGAACUGCAUCACCUGCAAAAAGCAGAGAUGUAAUUCUGAGUUUCCUGAAACAAAUGCCAUCCUUGUCCUGACUACACUCCAUCCACGGGAAUCACAAACUGGACCAGAGGCAUCACUGACUGAGUCCAACAUCUACUGAAAACAUGCUCAACUUUGGCCUUUCAGGCUGGUGCAGGGGGCAUGAGUGGCGAGCCACAACGGUCAUAAUAUCAGCUGGGAUAGUCCCAACCCCCAAAAAGGUCAAAAAGAGAAGCAAAGCGAGGAGCAAUGGGAAGUAUGACAAUGGACUCCCAUUUUCUCGUGUACUCAUUGGUAGUUUUAUUGACUUUAUUGACAGUUAAAGCUUUACAGAAAUCACCAGACUCCUUUGUGAAUGUUUGAGACUACCACUUGUUGAUUCAGCUCGUUUUUAGGCCACUUUAGUGCUUUGUAGCAAAUGUUCUGUUUAAGGUGUUAUCACUUAUUGUUCCUGAGGGUGUCUCCAAUGACCUUUUCUUUGCUCACUUUGUCCUUUAGCAGUGAACACAAGAAAUAUAUUGACAGCUGCUUCUAAAUCAUCUCAGAGCAGCUCCAUGACUGAGCCACAUUAAAACUGUCCCAUGUAGCAUUGCGUGCAGCUUUCAGGUCAACAGUGACUUGAAAUGGUUCUUCAGCCUUGUGUUUUCUGCAGACUGAAGCAGUAAAUUACUGAACCAACAAAUUAAAAGGUGACAGCUUAUAAAACCUUUAGUAUAAACUUUGUUGUUGCAGAAACUCCUUUUAAUCGACGUGCCGUUGAACCAGUUCCAGUAAUUUCCUCUGAAAAGGCGAGUACUGGCUAGUCCUCAAGCUGGAACAACCAUAACACAUUCAGCAAUAAUUCUUAAAUACACUCCACAGAUUCUGCUAGCCGUCAUUUUCUUCCCAUGUAAAUCAUCCCAGUUUCCUCUGUAACGCUCCGCGACGUUCGGUUCUUCAGCCUGCGGGGAUGUGGACUGGCAGUCGUAGAAUUUCUUCUGUGGCUCUGUGUUGUUGUGUUGAAGCGCAGUGGAAGAAAUAAAAUGAAUAUUCUUAUUUGUAGCUGCAGGUUUUUAAACUGCCUGUUGUAAAAAAGCUCAAAUAUUUGACCAAUCAGAAAUAUGCAACACUUUUGGAAACUCAUGCCUGAGUGGGGUGAAGCAGUCCCAGCAGAAACAUGAAGGACGCUUUGAUUCGCUGUAAUAAAUCCUGUCUAUCAUACUGGGUCCAAAGAGAUUUGAUAGAAUAAAUCCAAAGUCCAUGCUUUGUGUAAAAUUAAUCUGGAAUAAAAGCGAAUAGGAACUUUGACCCAGUCAGAGCAAAGUUGCUUCCUCUUAGUUUUCAGAGUGUUGCUGCUCGUUUCUGCAGGUUUGAGCUGUGCUGACGUGUCCACUGUACGUUCUCUCAGACACAGCUCAUUGUACAGGUGCAGGAGGCGGGCUCGUUUCUCACCUCCCGUUCAGUGGCUCGUCCAGUCAAAGUGUUGUGAAAGCUGCUGAUGUUUUGUUGUGUUUCGUGAAACCUCCAGUGAGACAGUAGAUGAUCCCGGUGUUCACAGACAGGAGCUGUACUGGCGUCAGACAUUCAGAGUGAGGCCUGCAUGGUUCACGGUUCACACUCGAGCUGUUCCUUAUACCUUUCUUUGCACAUUUUGUGGGUCAGUUUGUCUCUGACCCAGUGCAGAUGUGAUUGUGUACCCACAUGAGUUUGAUGUAGUGGUUUAUUUAUUGAUUUUACAAUAAAAUUGGAUUUUUAAGAA